GUAAAUCUUUAGAUUUACAAAUGGAUUAUAAGACAGAUAAAGAUAUUGUGGUCAGUCUUUGGCAAAAUAUUUUUACAGAAUUAUUCACUGAUAAGAUUGAAUAUUAUCUUACUUCUCUCAAGAAUAUUCCUAAUCAGAAUGAAAAAAGAUGUACAAAAGCACAGGAAUUGUUUGAUCGAUAUGACAGAUUGUCUGACUUUCAAGACUCAAAGUCAAUCUGGUGGAAUGAAAAAAAUCAGAUAGAAAUUGGUACUCGGCCUGAUCGCCAGCUAGCAAGAGAUUGGCAAUCGCGAAAAAGUAAAGAGACUGCUUGUUCCUCAACGUUCAAUGUACACUCUUCUACAAUCAAUGAUAACUAUAUCGGAACCAUCAAUGGUGGAAUAUUUGGAUGGGAGCAG